UUCGACUCUGCUGAUGCAUCCCAGCAGCCCCAGUCCCAUGGCAACAGGAAACCUGGGUAUAUAAAGGCCCUUCGCGGGGGGAACCCUCCUAAGUGUCUCUCAGCCGCAGCAUGACCAGGACCCAGAGCCUGAGAGUGUGGACUUAACAAAACAAUGCCCAGCCUAACCGGCGAGCCACUCACCACGCAGCACUUCAUCAUGGACGCAGAUGAGGGGAAGAGAAACAAGAACAUUGGAAAGAACUUCAUGUCCAGACUGCAGUGCAUGUUCUCUCACUCGUCCGGCUCCGAGAGGCUAAGUUUAGAAGAUACCCAACAAUGGUCACAGUCACUGGAAAGGCUUCUGGAGUCUAAAUAUGGACUGGCCACCUUUCGUAACUUCCUCAAAUCUGAGUACAGCGAUGAGAAUAUCGAGUUCUGGCUCACCUGUGAGGACUACAAGAAGAUCAAGUCUUCCUUCAGAAUGUCCUCACGGGCCAAGAAGGUUUAUGAGCAGUUCAUCAAAGCAGAAUCUCCAAAAGAGAUCAACAUCGACUAUCACACCCGGGAGCAGAUCAAGAGGAACGUGAAGACUCCCAGCACGCACUGCUUCGACGACGCCCAGAAGAUCGUCUUCGGGCUGAUGGAGAGAGACUCGUACCCACGGUUCCUCCGCUCCGACAUUUAUAGAACUCUCCUGGAAAACCUCGCCGCCGACGCCACGAAGGGAUGAAAGCACAGUCGGGGGGGAAAGAGAGAGAGAGAGAGGGAAGAAGAGAGAGAAAGAGAGAGAACGGACAUGAAAACCCAUAACUGGAAUGUUUGAGCUCCUUCCAGAGGAAGGGCCGACAACACAGGAGGAAGGCGAGUGGACCUGCGCGGCACACGGACACGCACAGAGGCCUCGCACCUCGCCGCCGGCACUAGACCCAGACCGUGUCCUGUAGUCACAGGGAGGAUCCCCCACACUGAGCACCCCAGAAGAAACACAGCCGGCCUCACCACCCUGUAGCGUGCACCGUGCACCGGAUGAUACGUGUGUGUGUUCGUAGGCCAACUGAGCACUUUGUGAACGAGUCAGUGGCGCCCCGCUAACGCUCGCAACUGACCGUGGAGCCGCCUGAGCUCCUUCUCUGCAGAGGUGUUUCCUGUGCAGAUAAAGAUUGAGGAUGUGAGACUGUGUAACUGUCGCACACGUUGCAUGUGUGUGUGUGUGUGUGUGUGUGUGAGUGUAUCUAGUUGUUUGCAUUUUACUGCCACUGACGCACAAUGAGCUGUCACGGAAAGAGCCGGCCGAGGCUCCAGAGACAGAAUCAAACCCACGGUGAUGGGAGGAGCAGCUCAGAGUCACAUGUCAUCCUGAGUGAAGCAAGAGGCAUUCUGGGAAACUUCAAGAGGAUAUUUCUUUCUACAUCGGACUGAUGUGAGGUUUUAAAAACUGACGCUGAAGUUUUUCUUUUAGUCUUAAGUUUCCUGAGGGUGACAUCUUCGUGCAAAUAUUGUAAUAUCUUUAAAGUGGCAGUAUUCAAACAACAAACGUAAAAAAAAUUUUAAUUUAGAGCAAAUUAUAUUUUUGAAUGAUAACAAAACAUAAUCAUGCACUUUUUUUGUGUUGAAUCCGAAGCUAAUUGUGCGUCACAGCAUCUUAACAGUGACGGCCGGUGGUGUCUGAUUUAAUUCCUCAGCUCACGACUUAAAAAGAAACUCUUCAAGCACCGAAGUGUUGACGGUUGUGAUUUUACUGAAUAAACUACGAGUGGAGAUGUAGUAGAACUAGUAUCACAGAUGCAUGAUGGGAUGUUCUAGCUCCUCAUAUACCCGGAGAGGAUGGGCCUUUAUCCCCUGCUUUCCAAACCAUGUUGUUCCAAUGUGUUCUUAUGGAGUUCAUAGUUAAUUAACUUAAAAAAAGUUCAACGUGUCAUUAUUUAUUGUUGCUUGUCACCAUUUGAGUUCAAACUCCGUUGCAGUGCUGACGUGCUUUUUUCAACUGUUAGAGAUUUGAAGGACAUUAAAUUAUUUAAAUCGCUCACUUUGAAGUCAGUGACCUUUUAUGUUUCACGCUGCCGCGGCUCUCUAGCGCUCGCUGCCGCGGCCUCAGUGUUGUGGUCUGUUUAAAGACGACAGUGAAAUAGAUCUUAAACACGGCGUCAGAAAGAAGCGAUGGGAUGUUUGCACAGUGAUCGUCUGCUGCGUGUUUAGAAGCUUCACGGUGUCGGGAUGGAAACAUGGAGGCUGUGCCAAGUUCUCGUCGGAGGAGGAACAGUUAUCUUCACUCGUUGUGGAGAAGCAGCCGACGGCCGGACUUCACCCUCCGUGCUACAAGUGACAGAAUAUAUAUGUGUGUGUUUUUUAAUGUUGCUUGUGGUCUCUCAUAUUCAAACAGUUCCAGCAUUUGAAUCAAUAAAAACGAGAAAAAAGCAGUAAAUCAGAUGAAUAUUAAGAAAAACACCAGAUAGGAUCAUCGACUCGAUGGCUCUGAGUUGUAAUCUGUGUUUAGGACUAAUGUGACUAAGGAUAUUGGUGCUCGCAGUUCCCUGUUUAUUCUGUGGACUUGGAAGUGAAGUGCUUCCAGUGAUAUGUGCUGCUUUAAAAACAGGAAGGCCCAGACUUCCAGUUUCUUAUGAAAUCAGUCACUGAUGGGAGAAAUGAGAUUUUUUAUCUGGUAUGAAACACUGUUUAACAGAAUGUUGUGUUUUUCUCUACAGCCUUUCGAAUAUAAAUAAAUGGAAUGGUUAGUUCAUGAGAGA